CUACAUGACUACCAUCAUAUAUGCCGCCCCAAUCCACUGCGCUCGUCCUUCACUCCUCUCGGAGGUCUGCAGGUCAACCUCCACGCUCUCGCGAGUCUCCUAGACCUACUCAUCCAAAGCGCGAGGACACUGAGUGUCCAGCUGACCUCGUCCUUCCUGCUUUGCUCCGCUGGUACACGCAGCGCGAAGGCUGGCGCAGAAGGACGUGUGGGCUCGCGGGAAGACAGAUAUCAGGUUAUAUAUCUCUAUGAGCGCGAGCACUACCGGCGCAACAACGAGCUGCUGCUUCCAGCUCUGGGCGUAACCCCCACGCCGCUCGUCUCGUCCGGAUGCGAUUCCACGUAUUUGAAGGUGGUACUCGACCAUUAUCGGCCCCACGACGGCCUCCUUCUCCCCUAGUUGUUCCACGACAUUGAAGCCCCGCCUGACCAUGCCUGCUUUUCCAGCGCCCACACUGAACGUCGAGAAUUGCCUUUCAGGCCGAGGCUAAUAUCUAAAACAUAAAUUAUCGCGGCUGGGGAUCUGGAUACCUUCACGGCGGCGCCGCAUCUAGCGGCCUCAGGAUGUACCGGUUCUGCGUUCACAAGCUCUCGACACAAGGCGGCAGCCAAGAGCCUUGCUGGUCAAGCGAAGGGCGGUGAGUCGUGACUCCGGGUCGUUGGAGGGCGGUGAAUGCGCCGCGCCGCGUCGCGCGCAGGGCGGGACAUUGGCCUAGAGUGGCUACGUUUCAGGGCGGUACCGAUAUGUACGCGUAGUACUAGUGAAAAUAAA